CUUUCGUUGUCAGGACUUGCAGAUUUGAAGACGCUGAGAAAAACUACCAAAGAAUGAUUACAACAACCUUGCUGCAAUGAAGUAGGUGACUGUGUUGUGGUAAAAACACGGACACAAAUCCAUUGUUCUACGAUGGAUCUGUGUGCAGAGACAGAGGAUGACGUCCCUCCUUUUAAAUUAUCUGAGCAACAUGACAGCCACAACAAAGCUGAGAGCUCAUUCCAGCAGGAGAAACCAGACUCCCCUGGACCCAGCUGUGUAUCAAUGAAAGACAACAGCUCCAUUGCUGAACCCCUUGCCUUUGAAGACAGAGAUCUCUCUAUGGAGCAUGGGUUCAGUCUCGUUCAGCAGGAGAGACCGGACUUAGUCAAACCCCAUUGUGUGUCAAUAAAGGACAACAGCUCCAUUGCUGCACCCCUUGCCUUUAAAGACAGUGAUCUCUCUAUAGAGCAGAGUAUCUUUCCUCAGAAUGUACCGGACUCUUCUGUACCCAGCUGUGUGUCUAUUAAAAGCUCCCACUCUAUGAUGCUACCUCGAAGCUUCAAUCAUGGGCACCUCUGUAUUGAACAAGGAGACCACCAGGAGGGGCCAGAGGUUGCCACUGCUCAAUCUGACAAGGAGCACGAUGAAGCAGAUCUGGCCUCCGUGUUUAAAGUUCUAGAAGACAACAUAGUCACUUUUGUGAGGACUGAGCUGAAGAAAUUCCAGAGAGUUCUAAAUCCAGAUUACACAAAAUCGUUAGAGGAACAGAAAAAGGAUGGGGAUGUGGUCAAUGGUGAGGAGGAGGAACAGAGAAAAAGCAGCAGCGAAGCCCUUCUGAAGAUCACAUUGUACAUUUUGAGGGGAAUGAAGCAGGGGGAACUGGCUGACAUCCUGCAGAGCAGAUCUGCUGGAGUGUGCCAAAAUAAGCUCAAAGGUAACCUAAAAAGGAGGUUUGACUGUUUGUUUGAAGGAACUGCUAAAGCAGGAAACCCCACACCUCUGAAUAAGAUCUACACAGAGCUCUACAUCACAGAGGGAGGAAGUGGGGAAGUCAACGAUGAACACGAGAUCAGACAGAUUGAAGCAGCAUUCAGGAAAUCAUCAAGGCCAGAAACUAUGAUCAAAUGUGAAGACAUCUUCCAACCCUUACCUGGCAGAGAUCAUCAACCAGUCAGAACGGUGAUGACAAAGGGAGUGGCUGGCAUUGGGAAAACAGUCUUAACACAUAAGUUCACCCUGGACUGGGCUGAAGACAAAGCCAACUGCGACAUACAGUUCAUGUUUCCAUUCACUUUCAGAGCGCUGAAUCUGCUCAGUGGAAAAAGGUGCAGCUUGGUGGAACUUCUUCAUGCUUUCUUUACUGAAACCAAAGACGCAGAAAUCUGCCACUUUGACAAGUUCAAGGUGGUGUUCAUCUUUGACGGUUUGGAUGAAUGUCAGCUUCCUCUUAACUUCCACCAGAAUGAGAUUGUGACUGAUGUUACAAAGCCGACCACAGUAGAUGUCCUACUGACCAACCUCAUCACUGGGAAACUGCUUCCUUCUGCUCACGUCUGGAUAACGACACGACCUGCAGCAGCCAAUCAGAUCCCUCCAGAGUGUGUUGACAUGGUGACAGAGGUGAGAGGGUUCACGGACACCCAAAAGAAAGAGUACUUCAGGAAGAGAUUCACUGAGGAGGAGCAGGCCAGCAGCAUCAUCUCCCACAUCAAGGCAUCACGAAGCCUUCACAUCAUGUGCCACAUCCCAGUUUUCUGCUGGAUCACCGCUUCAGUUCUGAAGGUUUUAAUGGGAUCACAAGCCAUUAAAGGGUUGCCAAAGACCCUGACAGAGAUGUACAUCCACUUCCUGGUGGUUCAAUGCAAAGUUGGGAAUGUCAAGUAUCGAGGAGGAGCUGAGACGGAUCCACUGUGGAACACAGAGACCUGCAACAUCAUCAUGUCUCUUGGAAAACUGGCUUUUGAACACCUGCAGAAAGGCAACUUGAUCUUCUAUGAGUCAGACCUGAUAGCAUGUGGCAUUGAUAUCAGAGCAGCCUCAGUGAACUCAGGAGUGUUCACACAGAUCUUUAAAGAGGAGUGUGGGCUGUACCAAGGCAAGGUGUUCUGCUUUGUCCAUCUGACCUUCCAGGAGUUUCUGGCUGCUCUUUAUGUUGUUCUGACUUUCGCCAACACUGGUGUCAAUCUAUUGUCAGAACCGGAGUCAACAUCCCGCUGGGCUUCACUGAAGAGGGACAAAUCUAAAGUAAAUCCCCUCUUCCAAAGUGCUGUGGACAAGGCCUUACAGAGUCCAAAUGGAAACCUGGAUUUAUUUCUCCGCUUCCUCCUGGGUCUCUCACUGAAGACCAAUCGGACCCUUUUACAAGGACUGCUAAAACCACCAGGAGACAGCUUAGAGAACUAUCAGGAAACAGUCAAAUACAUCAAGAGGAAAAUCAGGAAAAAUCCCUCUCCAGAGAGAUGCAUCAACCUCUUUCACUGUCUGAAUGAGCUGAAUGAUAAUUCUCUUGUGGAGGAGAUCCAACAGUACUUGAGUUCAGGAAGUCUCUCCACAGACAAACUGUCUCCUGCUCAGUGGUCAGCUCUGGCCUUCAUCUUACUGUCAUCAGAAAAAGAUCUGGACGUGUUUGACUUGAGUAGAUACUCUGCUUCAGAGGAAGGUCUCCUGAGGCUGCUGCCAGUGGUCAAAGCCUCGAGAAUAUCUCGGUUGAGUGACUGCAAGUUGUCAGAGAGAAGCUGUAAAGCCCUGGCCUGUGUUCUUAUGUCCAAGUCAACUCGUCUGAGAGAACUGGACCUCAGUAACAAUGACCUGCAGGAUUAUGGGGUUAAGCUGCUGUCUUUCGGACUGGGGAGUCCGCAGUGUAGACUGGAAACUCUAGGGUUACGUGGCUGUAACUUGUCAGAGACAAGCUGUGAAACUCUGGCCUCAGUUCUCAGCUCCCAGUCCUCCCACCUGCGAAAGCUGGAUCUAAGUGACAAUGACCUGCAGGACUCUGGAAUGAAGCAGCUAUCUGCAGGACUAGAGAGUCCUCAGUGUGGACUGGAAAAUCUCAGACUGGACCAUUGCAACCUCUCAGGGCUUUCUUGUGAAGCUCUGGCCUCGGUUCUCAGAUCGCUGUCCUCCAGGCUGAGAGAACUGAACCUGAGUAACAACGACCUGAAGGAUUUCGGAGUAAUGUGGCUCUGUGUUGGAUUGGCAAGUCCACAUUGUAGACUGGAAACUCUCAGGUUAUCAGGCUGUCAGGUCACACAGGAAGGCUGUGCUUCUCUGGCCUCAGCUCUGAGCUCCAACCCCUCCCAUCUGCGAGAGCUGGACCUGAGCUACAAUCAUCCUGGAGACACUGGGGUGAGCCUGCUCUCUGCUGGUCUGAAGAAUCCACAGUGGAGACUGGACACUCUCAGUGUUGAUCAUGCUGGAGAAUUCAGGAUAUUGCCUGGGCCAAAGAAAUAUGCCUGUGAACUCACACUGGACCCUAACACAGCAAACAAGAUGUUUCUUCUGUCACAAGACCACAAAAAGGUGACACUGGCAGAACAGAGGGAGCCUUAUCCUGAUCACCCAGAGAGGUUUGAAUACAGAGAACAGGUUCUGUGUACAAAUGGCCUGACAGGGCGCUCUUACUGGGAGGUAGAGUUGAAAGGACCAGCUUAUGUUGGAGUGACAUACAGAGGAAUCUGCAGGCAAGGACGGAAGGAUGGUUCUCUGCUUGGUUGGAAUGACAAGUCUUGGUGUUUAGAGAACUACAAGAACAAUGUGUGGCACAAUGGGAAGGCCACAGUCACGUCUACAGCUUCCUCCUACUGUGGUUCUAACAGAGUGGCAGUAUAUCUGGACUGGCCUGCUGGCACUCUGUCCUUCUACAAAGUCUCCUUUGACACACUGAUUCACCUCCACACCUUCCAUUCCACUUUCACCGAACCCCUUUACCCUGCAUUCAGGGUUAUCGGCACUGGAUCUUUUGCAUUAUUGUGCUCUCCUCAGUGACUAGAAACUCCUGCUACGGAAAUAAGUUGUACAUAUUGAAAAAUGAAAUGGAUGAG